UCGGUGCAGUGCCCGCCGGUUAGUCCUUCCUUUUCGCCUCCCUUUUAGAGCCUCAGUCCAGACAGGGCUUUGAGAAUGCGGGAGAUGAAGGCUCUGCUAUUGUCACCUGCCGUGACUCUGUAGGAAGAUAGGAUGGCACACUUUUCCUAAAAAGUCAUGCCGCCUUCCGUUUGAGACUUCGGGACCCACAUCCUUUAAGCAGCAGAGGAGCACAAGGAUCGUAGGAGCUAAGAAUAGCAGGACCCAGUGCUCCAUAAAGGAUAAUAGUUUCCAGUACACUAUUCCUCACGAUGAUUCCUUCAGUGGCUCAUCGUCUGCCUCUUCGUGUGAAGCAGUGAGUGAUUUCCCAGCAUCCUUCCGAAAAUCUACCUACUGGAUGAAGAUGAGAAGAAUCAAGCCAGCUGCUGCUCCCCAUGUUGAAGGGUCAGGUGGAGUGUCAACCAAAGGAAGAAGGAAACCCAGGCAGGAAGAAGAUGAAGACUAUCGAGAAUUUCCUCAGAAGAAGCAUAAGCUUUAUGGGAGGAAGCAGCGGCCUAAAGCUCAGCCUAAUCCCAAACCCCAGGCUCGUCGUAUUCGGAAGGAACCACCAGCCUAUGCAGCAGGCAGUUUAGAGGAGCAAUGGUACUUAGAAAUUGUGGACAAAGGCAGUGUCUCCUGUCCUACCUGCCAGGCAGUGGGGAGGAAGACCAUAGAAGGCUUAAAGAAACACAUGGAAAACUGUAAACAGGAAAUGUUUACGUGCCAUCACUGUGGGAAACAGCUUCGUUCACUGGCAGGGAUGAAGUAUCACGUCAUGGCAAAUCAUAAUAGUUUGCCCAUUUUGAAGGCGGGAGAUGAAAUAGAUGAGCCAAGUGAGAGGGAACGCCUCCGAACGGUUCUAAAGAGACUGGGAAAGCUCAGGUGCAUGCGUGAGAGUUGCUCUAGUAGCUUCACCAGCAUCAUGGGAUAUCUGUACCAUGUCAGAAAAUGUGGCAAAGGGGCUGCAGAGCUGGAGAAGAUGGCCCUGAAGUGUCACCACUGUGGAAAGCCAUAUAGAUCGAAGGCUGGACUUGCGUAUCACCUGAGGUCAGAGCAUGGGCCUAUCUCCUUCUUUCCAGAGUCAGGACAGCCAGAAUGCUUAAAGGAGAUGAGCCUGGAUUCAAAGAGUGGGGGCCGAGUUCAGAGGCGUUCUGCCAAGAUAGCUGUAUACCACCUGCAGGAGCUGGCCUCUGCUGAACUGGCCAAGGAAUGGCCUAAGAGGAAGGUUCUUCAGGAUCUGGUACCUGAUGAUCGGAAGUUAAAAUAUACUCGCCCUGGGCUUCCUACAUUCAGCCAGGAAGUACUACAUAAAUGGAAGUCAGAUAUCAAGAAGUAUCAUCGCAUUCAGUGUCCUAAUCAGGGUUGUGAGGCUGUCUACAGUAGUGUAUCUGGCCUUAAAGCUCACCUGGGCUCUUGUACAUUGGGAAACUUUGUGGCUGGAAAAUACAAGUGUCUUCUAUGUCAAAAAGAAUUUGUGUCAGAGAGUGGUGUCAAGUAUCACAUCAACUCUGUCCAUGCUGAGGACUGGUUUGUUGUAAACCCAACAACAACCAAAAGUUUUGAAAAGCUUAUGAAGAUAAAGCAGCGGCAGCAAGAAGAAGAAAAGCGGAGGCAGCAGCACAGGAGCAGAAGGUCUCUGCGAAGGCGGCAGCAGGCUUGCACCGAGCUUCCUGAGGCAGAGCUGAGCCUUAGAGUAGGGAAGGAGCAGAGGAGGAAUAAUGAGGAACUGCUAGUAUCGACCUCCUGUAAAGAACCAGAGCAGGGGCCAGUGCCAGCACAGUUCCAGAAAGUAAAGCCCCCAAAGACGAAUCAUAAACGAGGAAGGAAGUAGGCAGUCAGUGUGAAUGUGCUCCUAGGAGAGUGGGUGCGAUGCUGUUGUCACGGGGACCUGUGCUGGAAGGACUGGGUCAUGGGGGCUGAGGAAGAAAAAUGUACUCUUUCAGCUGUUUGUGUGAGGCUGUGACUGUCUCAGCUCCUUCCUUCUGUAUAAAUUUCACGGUUUUCCCUACUAAUUCACUUUGACCACCCCCCUUCCACUCCCAUUACCACCCUUUUUGGUAGAUUUCCCUGCUAUUUCUUGUUGGAGUCCUCUCGUUUUUCUCUUAUCUUGCCCAAAGAGCCCCUCUUAAGGCCAGCUAUAGGCCCCUCUUGCCCUGUACAAGUCUAAGAAACCUGUUUGGUUGUUCUUUCCUUCCUGGGGUGUAGAAUGUUCUUGGAAACUCCAUUGAUUUAGUAGUCACAAAACAUCAUCUAGCUUAAAAACAAUUCCAAAUUAAUUUAAAAAAAAACCGUACUGAUUAAUCAUUUUGUGUUUGUGAUAUUUACAAGCCUAGAAGCUGGAAAUGUUGUCACUCAUAUAUAAUAAGGUUAUCCCGUCUCUUCAGGAAGCAAAUUAUAUGGAGGCUGUUUGUUUUCUCAGUAUGGUUUUAGGGUUGAAAGUAAGAAAAUGGACUUAGGAUGAAAAGGCUAGAACGCCCCUCCACUAGUUUACUGGGAACUGCUUCGUUUGUCCCAAGUAGCAGUGAUUAACUAGACCCACAGGCAUGGAAAGCAGCCUGGGGAGUAAUGUGUCUCAAACAUUAAAACAACUAGAAGAAAAUAGAAGCAGCAAUAAAGACUGCCUCAGCUUUCCUGGGGCUGCAUUGGUCGCUAUAAUCAGUGCUCUCCCGAAGCUUGUUCUGCUCCUUCAGUUUUAAGGAUUGAGAAAGACCACACUGAUGGACCCUGAUGUUUUGACACAAUCCCACUGUUCUGGUAAAGCCACGAAGAUCGGUAGCUAGCCGAGGUGCACGUUCCUUCCCUCCUGGCCUUGACCUCGCUCGUCCGUCUACACCCAGCUGCAUCGUCACCCCUCCCUGUAGUCAACCUCUGUCUGAAUUGUCUGAGAAUAUUGCCCUCGCUCCUCUUUUGUGUGUGUUCUAUCCUCUUUACGUCUUGAGACUUGGACACCAGAUGUAGAUAGUUAUCUGGAGUUGGAAAGAAAUAUUCUUUUUCUGUCCCUCACGCCUACCUGAUAAUGUCUAAUGGGCUGUUUUCUCUCUGAGGCUGACUUUCUUGGGAGCAUCAGUUAGAGCAGCUCUGUUGUGUUUCUGGAUUCUCUUCCCCUUUUCCAUACAUAUUGGUCUUAUAUAUUCUUGCCAAUUUUUGUGGCAUAUGCCAUAUAAAAUGCAAGGGACCCUUAACCCUGAUAUUGACAAGCACUACCUUUUCAAAUUCUGAAAGGCUGUUACCACUCUAAUUGAUGUGUGCUCCUCCAUAGAGCUUUUAAAUGUGGGCUUUUGUGAAGACCACUUUCAGAUAAGGGGGCACUGAAGACUUAUUUGGGUAUUGCCCAAAUAGGUAAUUUUGAAACAAGUGAAGGACAUGGUAUGAUCGAUCCACUCUAUAUUUUCAUUGGCAUUUGUGCCCUUAGAGCCCUUUCAGUAGAUAAGGAUUGUCAGGGAGGAGAAGUGAAGAAGCUAUGUUAAUUUCUGGUGCGUAAGACUUGGGAAAUGUUUGGCAAUGACAAAAGAAAUAAACAACUCUCCGUUAGAUUGAUGUUUCCAGUUGAUCAUUGACUGACCCGCUACUUGACUCCUUGCUGAUACAGUGUAUGGAGGUAAGAAGAUGGCUAGGGACGGGAAUGAGUUUGAAAUAAGUACCAAAUGCAGUUGUCUCGGUCAUUCUUUUUUAUUUUUUAAUGUAGAUUCUUUAUUGAUUUCACCAAUGUAUUAGUAGAUAUGAUAGCAAUAAAUGGUACUUUUACAUUCUCUUAACCAAAAAUCGGUCAUUCUUUAGCUCUUAAAAUCUGCGGUUAAAAUGAAUAAUUUGAGAUGAAAGUGAAUUAGCAUAGGAAACUUGCCCAGUCUCAUUCAGGGCCCUGGCAGGCACUCCUUUUUUUUCUUCCUGAGGCCAGUGAUCAGCAGGACUCAGUAUAGACUAUCCUGAUCAUACUAUUGAGUUUUUCAGUUUUUAAAUUCAUUAGAAUAACAGAAACUUAAGUUUGAUAGUAUCAGGUACAGCUAGGCUUUGGAGCUAUUUGAACUCCAAUGCAUUGUUUGGAGUGUAAAUUCAUACAAUCACUUGGGAAAUGAUUUGACAGUAGCUAGCAAAAUUGAAGAUGUGCCCUAAAACUCAGCAGUUUCACUUCUAGAUUAUAUAUAUAUAUAUACUCUUGCCCAGGUGUACCAGGAGACAUAAACAAGAAUGAUUAUUGCAGUCCAGCUUAUAACUGAUACUGGAAACAUGUAGCAGAGAUUACUAGCUGUCCACCAAAAUCUGCUCUCAACUUGCAAAAUUAUGGGAUUAUAAGACAAAUGGCUAGACCACAUUUCCCAGUCUUUCACCAUAGGGAAGGGGUAGCCAACUCUCCAGUGGAAUAUGAGUGGCAGUGAUGUGUCACUUCCAUACCACAGGUUUUGAGUGAGUGUACCACCGUGCUUGUUUUCCCUUUCCUUGGGUUAGAUGCACAUGAUGAUGGGGCCCCAGGGGAUGGCAGAGCAUAAAAUGGAAGAGAGUGGAUUCCCUGAAUCACCCUGUGGAGGACUACUUGCCAACCAGGAACAUCUAUCGAACUAUUAGAUGAGCAAGAAAUAAAUGCCUGUUAUUUGA